AUGGGGAGGCGAGUUGUAGUAACAAGUAGCAGAGAGACCGGUGCGGACCGGCGAGCAGAUAACCUCGCGGUCGGCGAUCCAGGCGCAGCUCUGCAGAUAGUUCUCCGUCCUCUGCGGCUGCAGUGGUUGCUGGGGCGUCGCGUCGCCGCCAUGGGACUAUCAGCCACCUUCUGUGCGUUCUGCUUUUUGUUCGGCCUGGCUGAUGCUGGUUUCUCCACGCCUCCACAUCGACUCGCGGACAGGGAGUUCCUGUCAAAGCAGACGAAGGUUCUGGAUCUUCUGUUGCACGUGGACCAGUCCGACCUGGGCGAUAAUCUGACGGUACCCUUCAGCCUGGAGGAGAACGCAGACAAGUUCCAGGAGCCGGCGCUGGCGCAGCGGUUGGCUGCCAUGCAUUCUAGAGGCUUCCUCGUGGGUCGUGGGCAGCCCUUCUCCAUACACCAGCAAGGCGAUAUUGAGCUGGCGAGGGUCACGGUGGAACUACUGCUUAGCGCACAGGACUUCGACACCUUCUAUUCGGCCGCCACGUGGGCCAAGCAGCGGCUGAGCGAGGCGUUGUUCUCGUACGCGUUCACCGUGGCGGUGCUGCGCCGAAACGACACCAGCGACGUGGUGCUGCCCGCGCCCUACGAGCUGUGGCCCCAGUUCUUCGUCGGCCCUGACGUCUUACGGCGGGCCUACGACGCUCGCCUACGCGGUGCAACAGCAGAUGGGGAAAAGCCGCAGACAGUAUUGGCCAGCAGCAACAAGCGGCAUUCGGGCUGUCCAGAGGAUCUGCUGUCUUACUUCAGAGAGGAUGUCGGCCUGAACGGACACUGGGCCAUGAAGCAUUUCCGCUGCCCCUUCUGGCUCUCUGGGGCAGUUUCGGCGUCCAGCUGUGAUCGCAGGGGGGAGCUCUUCUACUUCGCGCUGCGGCAACUGGCGGCGCGCUAUGACCUGGAGAGGCUCUCCGCAGGGCUGGAGCCAGUCCAGCCCCUCCAGUACCCCACCGUCUACCAGAAAAACUACACAGAACACCCCCUGAGGAGGCCUGAAGCCAUUGAAAUCCUCGGAAACAUCGUCGAAGGCAACGCUGAUUCCUUAAACGAGAAUUUCUAUGGAUCGCUUUACCGUGGUCUGUUAACGUCUUUCAGUCAAAGUGAAGACGCAUUUCCAGCGAAGCAAGUUCCCACCUUCAUGGAAAAUCCUGCUACAGCUCUGAGGGAUCCAUUAUUCUACAGAGCAGUUAAGAAAUUGCUGGGGGUUUUCAACCGUUUUCAAGAUCGCCUGGGACCAUAUAAAAGAGAAGAGCUGGAGUUCCCCGGCGUCAGGGUGGAGAGCGUGUUGGUGAAGCCGCUGUCGACGCACCUGGAGCAGUUCGAGUUUGAGCUGGACAACGCGCUGCCGGCGCUCAACUCGUCGCGGCCUCGGUUGCUGGCGCGCCAGCGUCGCCUGACUGCGCGCCCCUUCCACUACCAGCUGGCCGUCGCCAGCCAGCACGACGCCGACGUCGACGCCCUGCUGCGCGUCUACCUGGGGCCCCGCCGCCGCGCCGGACAGCUCGACCACCACCGGCACCGAUACGUCCUGUUCGACGCCUUCCGUGCGUCGUCGGACAGACAAGACAUGGACGAAAUAAACACGCAGCAGCUGAUAGCGCUCGUGGAGCAGCGGCCCGUCAUAUGGGACAAGACUCUGUACGCUUACAAGGACCGCAAGCUGAAGGAUGCGGCGUGGAGGGAAGUAUGUGCGGCUCUGAGGCAGGAUUUUGAGCAACUUGGACAGAAGCAGCGGCAGGAAUUCGUGUCUCCCGGUGUGACGACACUGCGCCGCACUUACAAGGACCUGCGCUUCUACGGCCGGCCACCGCUGGCGCUGUCGGCGCUACGUCGCCGGGCGAGGGCAGCGCUGUCUAGCGGCUGGCGGCUGUACGUGGAUGACCUGGCGCGGCCGCUAGGCGGCGUGGAGCGCCUGGCUCUGCCGCGCGGUCGCCGCGCACCGGCCGGACUGCCUUUGUCGCUGUUCGUCGUCAUCAGCUCUGCUCCCAACUCGACCUCUGUUGCUGCCACCACCAACAGCAGCAGCAAUACGACCAUAACUGCAGUCUCUUUCCCGCCCAGAGAUGGACGACCUGUGGGUUUCCCUUUCGACAGACCUAUCGCCCAUGACGGCGAGUUCGAUCUGCCGAAUGUGCGCUUCGCAGACGUCACCAUUGUGCACAGGGGGUAGCCGUUAGCACUGCGCUUACAUCCUUGUACGCCAAAGAAACACACCACAAAUAAAAGACUUUUUU